AUCGCGAAUCUGUGCUUAUAUUGUAAGAUAAAAUAGGAGUAUGAAGAUGCUUUUUACAAUUGCGGUAGAGCAUUGUUUGGCUGUUUUUCAUACGUUAGUACAAGAAUUUUCGGAGUGUCCAUUCAGUCAGACGUGCGAAGAAGACAUAUGUUUGAAUGGAGGAACAUGCUUGUACUCAGACAGAAUAAUCAAAUGCAAUUGUACACCUGAGCAUAUCGGAGCUAACUGUGAGCUUAAAGUUGAAGAGACGGCCUGCAAAAGUAGCCCAUGUAAGAACAACGGCGAAUGCAUUCCUUCUGGAUAUGGAUACGAAUGUUCCUGUUUAUCUGGAUUUACAGGAGUUGACUGUGAAGAUACCGCGUCUGGGUAACGGAACAUUUUUUUUCUGGAGGAGCAUUGUAUCAAUAAACCCCGUAGAACAGAAAUACCUGAGGAAUGACAAUGUUUAAUCUUAU